CGCUCCCGUUGUGUGAGGGGCCCGAAUCCCAACCGGCCGCCGCCGGGCGUCUGAGGCCGGGCCUGGGGGCGCCGCGGCCUCGCCCCGCUCCCCGCCGCCUCUGAGGCCGGGCCCAGCGCCUGCCCCGGGCCCUUCCCCUCAGCAGGGCCCAGCCCAGCCCCGGGGUCCCGCUCCCGGUCCCGUCCCGGUUCGUUUUUCUCCCCCCCCCUCCCCCCCGGUCGCCCCCCGGCCCCGCCAUGUCGCUGCACGGCAAGCGGAAGGAGAUCUACAAGUACGAGGCGCCAUGGACCGUGUACGCCAUGAACUGGAGCGUGCGGCCCGACAAACGGUUCCGCCUGGCGCUGGGCAGCUUCGUGGAGGAGUACAACAACAAGGUGCAGCUUGUUGGUUUGGAUGAAGAGAGCUCGGAGUUCAUUUGCAGGAACACCUUUGAUCACCCCUACCCCACCACAAAGCUGAUGUGGAUCCCGGACACCAAGGGAGUCUACCCAGACCUGCUGGCAACCAGCGGUGACUACCUGCGUGUGUGGAGAGUGGGUGAAACAGAGACCCGGCUGGAGUGUUUGCUGAACAAUAACAAGAACUCUGAUUUCUGUGCUCCGCUAACAUCGUUUGAUUGGAAUGAAGUGGAUCCGUACCUCCUAGGUACUUCUAGUAUUGACACGACCUGCACUAUCUGGGGUCUGGAGACAGGGCAGGUUCUUGGAAGAGUAAAUCUGGUCUCUGGCCAUGUUAAGACCCAACUUAUUGCGCAUGACAAAGAGGUGUAUGACAUAGCAUUUAGCCGUGCAGGUGGUGGAAGAGAUAUGUUCGCUUCAGUUGGUGCAGAUGGCUCGGUGAGGAUGUUCGAUCUCCGUCAUCUGGAACACAGCACCAUCAUUUAUGAAGACCCACAGCACCAUCCAUUGCUGCGUCUUUGCUGGAACAAGCAGGAUCCCAACUAUCUUGCUACGAUGGCCAUGGAUGGCAUGGAGGUUGUGAUUCUAGAUGUCAGAGUUCCCUGCACUCCUGUUGCCAGGUUAAACAACCACAGAGCGUGUGUAAAUGGGAUUGCUUGGGCGCCUCAUUCUUCCUGCCAUAUUUGUACAGCAGCGGAUGACCAUCAGGCUCUCAUCUGGGACAUCCAGCAAAUGCCUCGUGCCAUUGAGGACCCUAUCUUGGCCUAUACAGCAGAGGGAGAAAUCAACAAUGUACAGUGGGCAUCGACUCAGCCAGACUGGAUAGCUAUCUGCUACAACAACUGCCUGGAGAUUUUGAGAGUGUAACAUUACUGCUUCAUGCCAAAUUGAGGCAAGGCCGUAUAAUUUCCCCUCCCCUCUAAAGUAAGAACAACACAAGUCAAGUGGCCAGUAUCUAUUGUUGCUUUGCAUCUACUGUUCCAAGAAACUGUUACAAGAAUCAAGGACAGGUGUUCCCUGUCCCCAAGACUCUAAAAUGCAGAGACAUGCUGAGCCUCUUGGACCUUUUGGGUUCUGGUUUUCUUUUUUUUUUUUUCUUCAGUUAAAGUUCUGUAUAUUUGUUUGACUGUGUUAAUAAGCUUGCAGGCUUUCAGUUGCUGCGUAUGUCCACGUGUUUGUCAGCCAGCUGGGGCAGCACAUCUAACUAGUUCGAUAGAUGCAAGUGCAAAACAAGGUGGGGAAAAAGACGGUGAUGUUAACAGCCACCUUGGCAGGAAUCUGUCAUUCCUGUUGUUGCUGCCUCUCAACUGUUUAAACAUUUGUAUGUUUUUUAUAUAUUGGGCUAACUUUCUAUUGAGUAAGGCUUUUCUCCCGAAUUCUUACUUUUGAUAUGUGAUCCACUUCCACAGGCCCAAAGCAGGAUAUAUUUGUUGAUACAAGUCACGAUAACACUGCAGGCUCCCUGGCAGUAAAGGCCUGCCAGAAUUAACCGUUGCCUUGGCUCUCAAUACCUGGUUACCAGGGCAGAAUUUUCUGGUGCUGUGAAGUACAAGUACUUGUUGCACAAUUUCCUUACACUUUUCUGAUGCUAGAGGCAGUUGCUACUAUGGUAGGCCUUAUUUUUAAAUUAUAACUGAAUUUAUUGUGUGUCUCCUGCAGUUGUGUUAGCUAACAGAAUGGUAAUAGGUUUCAGAAAGAAGAUACUUGCAUGACUUGAGCUCCCUCUGAGGUAAAUGACUUCUCAAAAAAUGUUAUUUGUAAUGGACUUUGGAGUGACAUUUCCAAUGAAAUGAUUUCCCCUUAGAGGGCUUACUAUCUGAACCAAAAUAAAAUGGUUUCACACUUUGUAGCUUGCUUGAUUGGCAAAUAAUAUGACCAAGAUUUGUGGUUAACCUGCACCUUGGAGCUUCUUUGCAUUUGGCCUGUGUUCCUGGGAGUUCUUGAAAGGAGUGCAAAGCAAUCUUUUUUUUCCUAAAUGUAUUUGCUUUGUACUGUCAGGUCUUGUUGAACGAGGAGAUGAGUUGGAAGAGCUGGUCUGCUAUCCAAAUGAAAGCUGUUUCUCUGAAAGAAAGAAUUCCCUAAUGCAAUGCACAGAAGAUGGGUUUCAAAUGAAAGAAACAGUGCCACAGAGGCUAUGGUUUGGCACUUGUCAUCCUCAUGUCUUUUUGGGAUGUGUCCAGGGGCAUCUGUUUCUGUUUUGAAUAGUGGAACGCUCUGCAGUAAUACUUUGCAAUCAAAGCUGAGUGGAUUAGGCAAGAUAAAAAUCUUCAGCGAAGUCUUAAUAUAACACAGCUAUUCAGAUCGAUGUUCCACAGUGCUCUCCCAACGAAGACAUGACAACCGUAGCUGGUCUCUGAGGCUAUACCAGCUGAGUUUUGAUGUAAGUGUCAGAAAUUAUCAAAAUCAUCCUUCCACCUAACGUACAUUCACCUACAACUACAGGCAGCAUUAUAAAUAGUAGGACGCUGCCAAACUUGAAUUGUGAUGGUUUAUGCAGCAAAGGCGAGCUGGGAAAAAGAGAUUGCUGAGAAACAGUAAAACUGACGCUGAAAGUGCUGUCAAGUAGAGAACAGACUCUGAAAAGUUUUGUCAUUCUGGACAUGGGGAAAUAUUCUAGAGAUUACUUUUCAACAUGAGCUCAGAAAAGCACUGCCUUGCGAAUUUGUUUGCAAUUCAUUAGAAACUAGCAUUAUUAUUCCAUCACCCUUUUUAAUUUCAGAGCCAAGAAACUAACACUGGUUUAAGGCUCGUGGUUUGUCAGUGGCGUGCUGUUCAGCUGUGGGGUUUUUUUGACAGAAGGCUCCAUUUAACUUGAAGGUCAGUUUUCCUUACUAGCUGUGGUGCUGAGGGUAGUGUGUUCCACAGAUUCGAUCGAGGUAUCAGAAUGGUGUUAGCCAAACAGUUGGGUUACAAUUUUUUUAAGUAGCGCUUCAUCUUAAAUUGGAAAAUACUCAGAAUUAAGUGAAAAUUAGGAUUUUCUUAGUAGCAGCAUAUAACUACGUGCCGAGCUUUAGAAACUCAUCAAAAUGUGCACAUCCUUGUAAUGUGCUGCUUAAUUACAAGCAGUGGAUAUUAUGUGCUGUGUCACUAAGGGAUUUUAACUUUGGCUUGGAGUGCAAAGUCAGUUGUUACCAGACAAGCUUUUAAUUUAAGUUGUGGUUUGGGGAAUGGCAGGAACUACCUGUAACGUUAGUACUUCCAGAAGUCCCCUCUGUGCUUUGAAGUCUCAUUCUUAAAUAGAUGGCGUGAGUCAAGGAUGAAUGUGCCUGUUGCUUAGCUUAACAAAUCUUUUGCAACUGCCGAAUUGUGCUUUAAAAAAAGACAUAAGCUAAUUUAUUUGAAAAUAAAGUCACUGAGAGACUCCAUUGGCUAUACUAAAUGACAAAUACAGCCUGCUUCUCUAGGAAUAGAAUCUCUGUUUGUACCAAGAUGAUGAAAAGAGCACCUGUGAAUGGGCUAACAGACAAAUAACCAGGUAGCUUUUGCUAGUGUUAGAGUAAAAUUCUGUUGUGAACCUGGAGUGUCAGCCCUUCCAUCCAUAAAACCGAUGGAAGUUCGCCUGUGGUAUUGGGUUCUCAUUCCAAACUCUUCAAAGGCAAGUGAAGGAAUUUUGUGGACUCCAGUGGAUUCUAAAUAAAACUCAUAUCCUGUUUGUGUAGCCAGUUGGGCUACUUCUAGGUCUAUAACAUGUUGCUUUGGGCAUAAUCUGUUGUCAUUCUUCUUAUGAAAUUACAUUCAGAAUCACCAGAGGCUGUUUUGGAACAGGGAAAUGCUACUUAAAAUAGCUUCUUUUCAAAGAAGUCACUUGAAAGGUUAAUGACUGAAAAGACAUGAAAAUCCUCAUGGGUGAGAUGUUCUGUAGUGCAAAUGGCACUUCCAUCCAGAGAGGAAGUGAGAGACUUCGGUGCCCUUUUGCCAGCACCUGCUGACACAGUGGCAGCAAACUAACUGUCUACUUGCUGGUUCAAGUUUAUUUGCAAGAUAAAAUAAAACCCUGAGACUUGCCACUGUACCCUGUGAAUCAGAAGAUAGAAUUUAUCACAUUUUACUGGCGUAACAUUCAAUUAUGUUGGGUAUGAAACCCUCAUAAGCAUUAUUUUUUUCCAAAGUUCAUGGAUAUAAAUACUUCAGCAUUUGAUCUUGAUUAUUUUGUGCUUGCUGGAGGGUGCAGAGCAACUGCUUUCAAAUGCCUCGUAUCCCUUGAGUAUGCAUCAACAUUAAGGGAAAAGUCUGAGCAUCAGUGAGGUUAGAAAAGCAGAAAAUCACAGGCUAUUUUGGUACAGGCAAGGCCUUGAUUCUGGUACGGAGAUGUCAUUUUUCUCUGGCUUCGGUAGUUGUGCAGCACUCCAGUUGAUUAAUUCCAGAUAUUAUGCUAUUGUCUGGUUGUUAUGUUCCAUUUAAACCAAGCUUUCCACAGAUUUCUGCUGUUAUGUGGGCAACCGGUUGCUAGUAUAUGGGCUUCAACCAGGAGAUUUCAAUUGUGUAAUACCUCGUUAGUGAGGGGAAAGCAUCCAGAAUACAAGUUGGAUGUUGAAUUAGCAUGCAGUAUGCUAACCCUUCAUCGUCUAACUGAAACGGCCUAUGGUAGGUUGCGUGUACCGGACUUGUGCUUCUGUGUGCAGGGAUUUAAAAGGCAAGGAUGUGAGUGCUUUGACAAUCUAUUUAGAAAGGAAACGGUGGUUUCAAAGAGCGAUAUGACAGGAGACUGAUAAUACAGGUUGUUCCGUAUGGAACCUUGAAAUGUACUUAAAGGGGGGAGGCAUUGCCUCUCAUAAGUCAAAGUUAAUGAUCCUUUCAAAACUUAGCUGUAAUUACUCUCCUGAAUGUUCUGGAUAAUAGUAAAAGGAUCUAUUUUUGCCUGGUGUCGCAAUGAGAAAGCUGCAUCAGGCUCAACUAUAGAUCGUUGCCUACCAGGGACUAGGUGAGGAGAGAAGUCCAAUAUAUUGGAAUUCUUCACACAGAUGCUCUUGUGCUUGUUUUAAAUGUAAAUCAAGAAAGCUGAGUGUGUCUGUUUUGUUCUCUUGCAGAUGGCACUUUAACAAGUAUAUUUUUGGUAAGAUUAGGAGGAGAGUCAUCUUUUCCUCAGUCUUUUUAUGGUAGGCGUUUGUCUGUGUUUUGUGUGAAAUGUUAAAUACAUCAGUCUCUGAAAUCCUCAACUGGCUACGGUUGUCAGUAUCUAGUGGACCCUCAUCUGUUUCUACUAAACACCCAAACCAUGAGCACUUGACAAUACUGUUUGUGUUAAACUGAAGCUCUCUAUUCAGAGAAUGACACAACCUUGCAAGGUCACCCCAAGUAAUUUAGUGCAGCUUGUCAUCCAGAGAGUCCCUCUUGCUUUAUUUAGGAACUUGGCAGUGUCUGGCAAUCUCUCCUCUACUGCCUUGGCGGCAGUAGUGGCAGGUUGGUGGUGCACAGCUGGAGCUGGAUUCUUUGGGUAACGUUUUUUAUGAUAGAAAAAUUGCUGCUGCUGUCUGUAAAUUCACACAACCUAAAUUCUGGAGCUUGUCAGUUCCUCGUGUUUAAUGGUGUUUUGUCUCUUUCAGAACAUCCUCAAAAGGAUGAAUGGCAGCAAGGGUAAGCUGUUGGCUCAGUGGAUUGCAGAGUUACAGUUCCAUCCAAAUACUGGACUGGUUUGUCUUCCCAUUGCUGGUCAGCAAAAUGGCCCUACCCCCUCACAUCCGUUCUGUUACCUUAUCAGUUAAUACAGGUUAUAUCUACACAUCUACCUGCUUUCUACUCUCAGACCAGUAUUCCAGAGCAGGCCUGUAUUUAUUAUACAGUGGACAUACAAACUGACGUGUCCAAGACCUGUUCUGGAAUGGGCAAGGUACUGUCAGCUGUGUCCCUGUUUCUCUUGAUCUUUGCAGAGAAUCCAGGGAUUUAUUUGUAUGUGGCACUUAACGAGCACUUUCUCAUGCUUAGAGAGGCAGCUGUACUUCACCCUUCUUACCUGAGAAGAGUCAGAAAUGUUUUAUUGUUGGGGAUAUUGAGAGGAAUUCAGCAUGCCCCAGCUCUUCUUUUAGGAAGAGAUUUCCAGAACUUUUGAUCAGCAGCAUUCACCAGCACUAAAAAGCAGUAAUUAAAAAUGCAGCUAAACACCAGUUACUGAAUGCUCAUCAUUCGUGGCAGACUCCAGAGACAAAGGCACUUGUGAGACUUGCUCGCUGCUGUCUGAUUUCAGAAGAUAACUUUGGCUGCCAUGUGUCUCAGUAGCCUUUUGUGCAGCCUUUGGUACUCAGCAUCAAGCUAGGAUUUUCAUACUCAUAAAAAUAAAUCUGGAUGGCUUCCAUUGAAUUUAUUCCUUCUCAGAAAAUCUAACAAAAAGAUUUCCUGAAAAUUAUUGCUGCAAAGGGUAGCCGUAAGCCCAUAUUCCAGCACUCAUUGAUAGCCACAAGUCAACAUCCCUUGGAGUUUGCUCUCACGAUUGUAAGACGCAGUGACUCUCAAGUCUCCUCCGUUAGAGACGACGAUCGGUCUGUCGAAUCUGAACCAAGGCAGAAAUGCGAGAACUAGUGAAAGUCAUAGUACAGCUGUGAAGCAAUGUGUUGCUUUUCUGACAACCUGGUGAAUAUGAGUUAUGAAAUCUACUAUUUAAAAGGAACCUUUUUUUAAACUUGGGUUGCUAGCAGUGUAAAAUGUAAUUUAAAUCUGUUGCGCCGAAGCGUUUUUGUUACCGAUAGUCAGUAGGAGAUGUUUACUUUUUGUGUGUUUUUUCCCUUCUGCUCUUUCCAUUCACAGUCCCGUUGUGGUAAUUUCCUGAAGGUGUAAUCUUUGUAGCAUGAUUGUACAAACAUUCAUAUGAAACUCCGACUUCUUGUUCUCACUAAACUAUGUUAAAGCAAUAGUAGUUUUACUUCUGUCCUUCUUUUCUCCACCUUCCAUAUUGAGAUUUGCAACUUUGCUACUAUACUGUCCUAGAGGAAUCCUAGUAUCCUGCUAUUCAACAGACAUAUGUUGUUGACAUGGAUAACUGCAGUGUCCCUAUACUCCUUUAUUUUUAUGGAGAAAAUGCAAAAGGUUUUGUUACAAUGGAUUUUAACACCUGAGUCAUGGAACCAUACUGUUGAAACUCUGUAAAUUUUAAGGCAAUUUUCUGAAGUCGCUUGAAAGUGGAAUGUUGCAUCCUUUUAUGCUAUUUCCUGCUUCCUAUGUAGUUUUAUUCAGAUUUUUUAACCUUCUUUCUAAGUUUCAGCCUCCUGUGUAUUAGGUACAGUAUUUUCUGCCUUUCAUACUUUGUAAUAAAAAUGGAACAUUUGUAGAUUGA